AUGUCUAAAUUUUCGCUUUUCUAUCGAAAACUUGCAACACUUGCUCAAAGUCGAGCAAUUCCUCAAAGAAUUGCAAGAGUAUCAACGAUAAAACGAGAGAUUUUACCAAAAAGCGGUCAACCGUCAAUAUUUUUGGAAUUCGAUUCGGGAGAAAACCUUUGCGUUCCACUGAUCUGGUUGCGGGAUCAUUGCCGAGCUGAGCACUCUUUUAAUCACUCCACACAUCAACGAAAACACGAUUGUAUUGGCAUCUUUACAAGGUCUUUGACAAAAACGGAAAAACUAGAGAAUGAGUCGAUCCAGAUUAAUCCGACUGGAGGCUUGACGAUCAACUGGGCUGACGGUUUAAAGUCCAAUUUCUCAGCUGAAGAGCUGAUAAAAUGGGCAAUGAGAAAACCUGCCCCUCCAUCGGCUCAAUUGCACACAUGGUGGAUUGGGAAAAAAAUGCAGGACUUGCCGAGGAUAGAGCUGUCACAGUUUUCAAUGGACAAAUUCGUCAAUCUCUUCUGUCGCUUCGGUUUUGUGAUGAUUGAUGGAGUUCCAGCUACAGCUGAGGAAACGGAAGCCUUGUGUCGAAGAGUUGGCAUCAUUCAUGACACUUUCUUCGGCGCUUUUUGGGUCUUCAGCAACAAAAGCCAAGAGAGAUCGGAAACGGAAGAGUUCCAUGAGGAUACUGCGUACACAUCUGAAGGGAUUGGACCGCAUACUGAUGGCACCUACUUCCAACAAAGUCCGGGAAUCCAGGUUUUCCACUGUCUUCAACCAGCAACUUCUGGUGGUGAGACGAUUCUUUUAGAUGCUUUUGCGGCUGCUGAUUAUCUUAAAGAAAUCGACGCUCAAGCCCAUAAAACGUUGACCACCCAGAAGAUUGAUCAUCACUAUUUGGAGAGUAACAAUCGAGGUAAUGAUAUUUACUCGUACACCCGCGAGUACCCGGUGAUCGAGACGGAUUCUAAUGGAAUCUAUCGACAGAUCAGAUUCAACCCUUAUGACCGAGCACCAAUGCAGAGUCUUUCGGAGAGUAUUGACGAUGCUGAAAAAGUUGUCGACUUCUAUAAAGCUUAUGAAUCCUAUUCGAGAAUAAUUUUGGAUAAAGAUCGACAAUUGAAAGUGAUGCUCAACCCGGGCACCGUGAUUUUCAUCGACAAUUUCCGUUUGUUGCACGCGAGAACCGAGUUUCAGGGUGAUCGUACGCUAUGCGGGACGUACAUGUCACGAGACGACUUUUUCGCCCGAGCACGACCCUUUCUUCCCAUUAAUCAUCGAGCCUAUUACGCC